AUGACUAUUAAGUUGGUCAUUGGGGGGUUUACGCUGAGAGUCUAUAGUGCUUACGCACUACAGAUAGGCCUGGGUGAAGAGGAGAAGAGGAGAUUUUGGGAGGUUUUGGAUGAGGUGGUGCGAGGCAUUCCUAGCUCGGAGAAGAUCAUCAUAGGAGGGGACUUCAAUAGGUAUAUAAAGACUUUGCCAACUGGUUAUGAUGAUGUGCAUGGAGGCUUUAGUUUUGGGGAUAGGAAUGAUGAGGGAGCUACUCUUUUGGAUUUUACGAGGGCCAUUGGGUUGGUGGUUGUGAAUUCCUACUUUUCGAAGAAGGAGGAGUAUCUGGUUACUUUUCGUAGUAGGUUGGACAAGAGCCAGAUUGAUUUUAGUCUGCUUAAGAAGGGGGAUAGAUCUCUGUGUAAGGACUGUAAGGUCAUCCCGAGUGAGAACCUUACGACCCAUCAUAGACUUUUGGUGAUAGACUUGGUUAUUAAGAGGGGCAAGAAGAGUAGGGGUGGGGAGAGAAGGCUUAGAGUUAGGUGGGAUGGCUUGACUCCAAUCAGUGCUUUAGAGAUAGGGGCAAGGUUGGAAGGGAUGAGGGCAUGGGAGUGUAAGGGGGACGUCGAUAGUAUGUGGGAUAGGGCUGUAGGUUGCAUUAAAGAGGUAGCUAGAUAG